UUUUUUUCUUUCAAAUUUCAAUGUCUUCGCCUGUCAGACAAAUUAAAUGUGUUGUUGUACUGUUGGGAAGACUUGUAUGCUUAUUUCGUAUACCACAGAUUCUUUUCCCAGAGAAUAUGUUCCAACCGUUUUUGACAAUUAUUCGGCUCCAAUAACUGUUGACGGCCAUUCUGUUAAUUUGGGGCUUUGGGACACGGCCGGACAGGAGGAUUAUGACAGAUUACGGCCUUUAAGUUAUCCUCAAACGGAUGUUUUUAUUCUCUGUUUUAGUGUAGUCUCUCCAGUUUCUUUUGAUAAUGUAAUAACUAAAUGGAUUCCUGAAAUUAGGCAAUAUUGUACUGAGUCGAUUCCUAUUGUUCUUGUUGGCACAAAAAUUGAUUUAAGAGAUGAUCCUGCAACUUUAAGAGCGCUACAAAAUGAAAAGAAAACAGUAAUUUCUCGGGCACAAUGCCAAAAAGUAGCUGCUAAAAUCAAAGCUCAUGCUUAUUGUGAAUGCAGUGCUUUAACCCAACAAGGCCUUCCCAGUGUAUUUGAAGAAGCUGUUCGUGCAGUAAUUACUCCAAGGCCAAAAAAGAGGCGAAGAUGUUCGGUUAUUUAA